AAAAUAUUCCCAAUAUUGGUUUUUGGUUCUAGCUAAUUAAUGGCUAGUUGUUCACUUCCACUGGCAGCUAAUAGCUUCACUAAAAUGAUUCUACCUCUAGAAAGUAGAAAGUCUUCAUCUGCAGCAAUCAGAAGCUCCAGUGUCCCUUAUCCAACUCCUCAAUGCAAGGAAUUACCAGAUCAAAUUUGUAAUAAUCGUCAAACAAUUCUUCGUCGAUCUGCCAAUUUCAAACCUUCAAUAUGGACUUAUGAGUACAUCCAAUCACUGAGCAGUGAAUAUAAGGAUACAAAGUACCUAGAACAAGGCAGAGUGCUAAGGGAAGAAGUGAGGAAGAUGCUUGGAAGAGUGGAAAAUCAACUUGAUCAACUUGAGCUUAUUGAUGUGUUGCAAAGGCUUGGAAUUUCUUAUCAUUUUAGCAAUGAAAUAAAGAAAAUAUUGGAUAAUAUUUACAAUAUGGAUGCAUUCAAGAAAAAGAAGAAUUUAUAUGCCACAGCACUUGAGUUCAGACUCUUAAGGCAACAUGGUUAUGAUAUCUCUACAGAUGUUUUUGUUUGCUUUCAAGAUGAAAUGGGUAAUUUCAAGAAGAACCCAUCUAUUGAUGUUGAAGAAAUGCUAUCACUUUAUGAAGCCUCAUUUCAUUUGAUGGAAGAGGAAAGUAUAUUGGAUGAGGCAAGAGAUUUCACCACACAAUAUCUCAAAGAAUAUUUGAACCACAAUAAAGGUGACCACAUUUCACUUCUAAUUGGUCAUGCUUUGGAGCUUCCAUUACAUUGGAGGAUUCCUAGAUGGGAAGCUCAGUGGUUUAUUGAUGCAUAUGAAAGAAAGCAAAACAUGAGUCUUGUUUUACUUCAGUUAGCUAAAUUGGAUUUCAAUUCUGUUCAAGCCAUAUACCAACAUGAAUUGAAGCACACAUCAAGAUGGUGGAAAAGAACUGGCCUCGGAGAAAAGUUGAGCUUCAGCAGGGAUAGGUUGGUAGAAAGCUUCAUUUGGACAGUGGGAACAAAUUUUAAGCCAGAUGUUGGGUACUUCAGAAGUGUUAUGACAAAGAUCAAUUCCCUAGUAACCACAAUUGAUGAUGUUUAUGAUGUAUACGGCACCUUGGAUGAACUAGAACUCUUCACAGAAGCAGUUGACAGAUGGGAUCUAAAUGCAAUGGAUAAUCUCCCGGGCUACAUGAAAAUAUGCUUCUAUGCACUCUAUAACUUCGUAAAUGACACGGCUUUUGAAACCUUAAAGAACACUGGCUACUACAUCGCUCCCUACCUAAAGAAAUCGUGGACAGAUCUAUGUAAAUCAUAUUUUAUUGAGGCAAAGUGGUACCAUCGUAGAUCUACGCCAAGCUUCCAAGAAUACAUAGAGAACGCAUUGGUUUCAAUUAGUGCACCUGUUGUACUAGUCCAUGCUUAUUUUUCGAUUCCACACUCAUUCAACAAGGAACACGUGGUUUACUUAGAAGAAUACUCUGAGAUAAUUCGAUCUUCAGCAGUGAUUGCACGCCUUGCUAAUGACCUUGCAUCAUACAAACGUGAAAAUGAGACAGGUGAUGUUCCUAAGUCAAUUCAAUGUUACAUGAAUGAAUGUGGAGCUUCUGAAGGAGAGGCUCGUGAGUAUGUAAAAUCCAUGAUGUGUACAAUGUGGAAGAGAAUGAAUAAAGAGGCUUGUAAUUCUUCUUUAUCUCCAAGUUUCAUAGAAACAGCUAUGAACCUGGCAAGGAUGGCAUUGUGUAUCUACCAACAUGGAGAUGGUCAUACUGUUCAAGAUCUUGAAAUUAGGAAUCGCAUAUUAUCAUUGAUUAUUCAACCGAUUCCUACUAUAUGUUACAACUUUUAA